AUCAUGACAUAUGUCUAUGGACAGAAGCUGAAUGUUAUGAUUAAUUGAAGACUGGAAGGUUUUACCGUUUUACUGUUUCACAUUUCAUUUAUGCCCAAAACGUAAACGUUUGCAUACCUCUAAAAUGGUUUAGGAAUUUUAUUGAUUAGUCUUCAUUAUUGAUAUAAAAAAUCUAAUAUCAAAAACAACCAUGAAUUUCAUUUUCUGCUUACUGACGUGUUAAAUAUGGAUUCUGGCAAUAUUGAAGCUUCUACCAUUGACAAUAUUUAUCCAGCAUUAACACAAUGUUUUGCAAUAAUAAUAUGUGGGUAUUUUGCAGGUCGCAUGAAUCUUAUAUCAGAAACAGAAGCAAAAGGCAUAAGCAUAUUUGUUGGCACAUUUUCCUUGCCCGCAUUAAUCUUUAUGUCACUAGCGGAACUAGACCUUAGCCAGAUUAAUUGGUUAUUUCUUUUAUCCAUACUUAUAUCAAAAAGUAUUGUAUUUUUUUCUGUGAUCGCUGUUACUUUAUUAGUUGGGAGACCAUUGAAGUUUGGGAGAGCAGGUAUAUUUGCAAUUUUUUGCACCCAGAGCAAUGACUUCGCUAUUGGAUAUCCUAUUGUUGCAGCGUUAUAUAAAUCUACGCAUCCUGAAUAUGCAACUUACUUAUAUCUGAUGGCUCCAAUAAGCUUGGUCAUUUUAAAUCCCAUCUCAUUUAUUUUAUUUGAAAUUAAUUCACGCCAGAAUGGAAGCACAGAAGAUAUGUUGAUAAAUGAUGGGCAUCUGUCCAGUCCAGAGGCCCGAGGAGGACGAUGUAAAAUGGUUGUGUCUGUAGCAAAAGGUGUUUUCUUAAAUCCGAUUGUUUUCAUGACGUUAUUGGGUGUUCUAGGAAACAUUAUAUUCAGGCACAAGAUACCAUUGUUUUUUGGAGGUACCUUACAGGUACUGGGAUCUGCUUUUUCAGCAAGUGCCUUAUUCUUACUUGGUUUACGGAUGGUUGGAAAGGUUCACAAAUUAAGAGGAAUAACACUAGUUGUUCCAGGAAUAUUGAUUAUGGUCAAAUUGAUCGUUUUGCCAUUGGUAACUAGAGAAGUAAUCAGUACUUUACAUGUAGGUUACAAUGAAUCUGAAAACAUAGAUCUUAGUACAUAUGGUUUUUUGUAUGGAACUUUUCCAUCUGCUCCAACAGUUUUUGUUUUUGCUACACAAUAUGCUAUAGAUGUAGAUCUGAUUGCCAGCGCUAUGGUUGUUUGUACAUUUGUUAGUGCUCCUUUGAUGUUUGUCUCGGCAAAGAUGAUUACUCUCACUGACUGUAAUCCUUCUGAGUACAUAAAACAACUUGAUUCGUUCACUCUCGAUAUAAGUAUAGCAGGGCUCAUUGCUUCCUUUUGGGUGAUUUUUGUUUUUACUAUUACCAAAAAGAUUUCAAGAGUACCUCAUAAGAUUACCACUUGCUUAGUGAUAUCACAGCUUAUAGGAUGUUUAGGGGCAAUUUUAUGGAACACUCUCGACCAAAAAGAAGGGUGGUCAGGAUAUAUACAGUUCACCUUGUUCAUUUUAGGAGUAUACAGUUGUAGAUUGUGGACUAUGAUACUAGCUAUAACAUUGCUGUUUUUACAGUGUAGGAGUUUGUGCUACAUACUGAAGCUCCAGUCGGUGUUUUUUGUAAUUGGUUGGGGGUUUCCGGUUAUUUUAUCAAUUCUGUUAUUGAUUUUUGAAAGUGAAAAAAUUAUUAAUUCAGACAAGAGAAAUCCGAAUUUUGUAUAUGGAGUUUCGCAAGCUAUCAUAUCAGUUACCCUCUUGGUGUUAUGUUUUAUUGUUACUGUUGGAUGUUUGAUUCUCCAUCAAAGAUACCGAAGACGUUUCAUGACCUAUAUGGAUUUGGCAGAUGAAGUUGCCUCUGAUCAGGAUCAGACGCAGGCUAUUUCCGAGGCAGAAACAUUAACCAACACUGCUGUCAUUAAUAAUCCAAGUACCAGUUCAGACAGUGGAGUUGUUGCUGGUAGGACACCUAAAUGUUGUGGGCUACCUACUAUUACUGAAGGUUGUUGCGAAGAUAAGGAGAGUCCUGUAACAGAUAUAGAGGACAUUCUAAGAGAAUCUGGAAAGCACGAAAAUGCAGAAGUCAAGGGAUAUUUGGCUGUGUUGAGAGAUGCAGGACUUGGUUCUUCAGAUGAUGGCCUUUGUUCAUCGAGAUUUGGGUGUACUGGUCCUAGACGAGAAGCCUGCUAUGGCAUUGUGCAACAAUACCACCAGCAAAUAGACGAUGAUCUUGAAUUGAUUGAAGAGGAACCUGAAUCUCACGAACCUCAGAUUUUAAGACACACCGUUUUGCUUAUAUUGCUUACAUGCUCUAUGUUUGUGGGAUUGGCUUUAUCUAUCUGGACACUCGUCAUGGAACAGAUGUCUGGAAUAUAUAUUGAACUUUCUUUCUUGGAUGCCACUUUAAAUUUUGGUCAGAGCAUUAUAGUUUUUGCCAUUUUCGGUUUGAAUGCCAAAGAAAUAGGACUUCCUCUGCUGAAAUGCUGGAGAAAAAUAUGGUAUGGUGCAAAUACCUUGAUUUUGCCCACUUGGCAAGAAUUGAGUUCUGAAACAAAACAUAUCUGUGAUCAGUUUGUAACUCAUCAUUUACAAAACAGUCGAUCGGCCUUGGCCAGUGAUAAAAGAUGGAGGCUGAAAAUUUAUAAAAAUGUAUUUUCUGGUGAACAAUUCGUGGAUUGGCUUAUAGAGGUGGGUUUGGCAAGAGAUAGAGUUGAAGCAGUAAAUUAUGCUAGACAUCUCAUCGAAGGUAAGGUUUUGAAACAUAUUAAUGGCGUUUAUCAUUUUUAUGACAGAAAUUUACUAUACACCUUUGAGUAGGAUGGGUUAAUAAGUUCUUUAUUCAAUUUAAUUGUAGUUCAUACUAUUACUUGCCGAUUCUGCAAUUAGUAAUUACAUUUUGCCUCAUGACAAAAAAUAUUGAUUUCAAUAUUUUAUUUCAUAGACUUUUAUAGUUAAUGACAUUUCAAAAUAUUUAUUUUGAAGGCACUAUGAAUGCUAAGACAUACUUUUGUUUUCAUUUGGCUGUUUUUAUUAAUUUUAACUUACCCUUUGUUAUGCCUUUAGGUACUCUUGGAAAAUUUCAUGAUUGGCCUUCCAAUUUAUAUUAUUCUGUUAACUUUGAAGUUAUUGAAAUAUUAGCAGUGGCCAUAAAUAAAUUAUUGAAAUAGCAAAAUUUGCAAGUAAUGGAAUUAUAGAAUUCUUGGGAUUUUUUGCUUUUGAACUUCUUUUAGGUGAUUCAUCCUAUGUUAAGGAUUCGGUUUUCUUUUUGUUUCAACAGUAGACUCAGUUGUUGUGAAUUUUAGAGUUUAUAUUGUUCCUUUUACAGUUAUUUAUGAAAUACCAAAAUAUAUUGUGUAAUAAAUUGAAAAUAAGCUGUAGUAUUCCCAAAAUUUAAAUAAAGGAGAAAUACUGGAUUUAUUUCUGUCGACUGAAAAUAUAUUCGAAGUGGAUACAAUCUGAAGAUAUGUGAUGAAAGUAGAAUUUCAAAUGUAUAAGUCAAAUGGAAUCUGAAUCAUUGAUUGCCAGUAUGUUUUAUACGUGAUUGUGGUAACAUUUCUCUCGUUUUCUUUCUCUUACUAUCAAACUCAACUACUAUGUUGUGUCCAGUUUACCAAAUAAAUAUGAAAUAAAACAGUAUUUCCCUGCUAAUAUUUUUCUAAUAGCAGAAUAUAUUUUGGGAACAACUAUUUUCACAAAAGUUGUACAUAUUAUUUAUUGAAUGGUGUAUGGUUUAUUUUCCAAAUCAUAAUUUUAAAUUUUACAUAUAGGUUAUUUUGGACACCUCGAAUGUGAUAUAAUAAUUCAAGUUACCAUUUGUUACAUAGUGUGCGUGUAUGAAUUUAUGUAUGUGUGUAUUUAUACAAAGAUGAAGAUAACAGAGGGGUUCUCAGUCAGAAGUUCAGAGAAAAACUAUUCUUUACUCUUCUUCUUUACCCUAAAGAGCUUUCAACAAUGUUUACGGCCUGAAUCAGGUAGUAAAAUGAGUUGAAACAACGACAAUAAUAAAAUAUAAAAAAUGUAGUACAUUUUAAAUUUGAAUCACUGAAGAUACUGAGAGACUGAAAAUAUUGUCUAAAGCUCGGUAGAGUAAAAGAGAAAUUUUCUCAGAACACCCGACUGAGUACGUGUUGUCUUCAUUUAUAUAUAUAUAUAUUUUGCUAUAUACAUUAGUAUCCUUUCUUUUUAUCUUUUACUAUUUCGUACAAUUCAUUUAUAAAUACGAAAUGAAUCAUCUAACAUUCAAAAUCCUUCGUUCAACUUUAUAUAUAACUUAUCAGACAUGACUUGAUUAGAAUGUGAGGGUUGUGGUUAUUCGUUAUAUCUUUUCCUGUGAAUUAAUUGGUAAUAAAGGCAAUAAAUAUUAUUAUUA